AUGUUUUUACCAGGAUUUCGAGGAGGAAAUCCCACCCCUUCACAGAACCACGGUCAAACGUCUUUACUACCUCUGGAUGUGACGGACAGCUCCUUCAGCUUCAUGGCGUUCUUUUUCACCUUCAUGGCGCAGCUCGUGAUCAGCAUCAUACAAGCCGUCGGCAUCCCCGGUUGGGGAGUUUGUGGCUGGAUUGCAACCAUCUCUUUCUUUGGGACCAACGUGGGCUCGGCGGUCGUGAUGCUGAUUCCCACCGUUCUCUUCACAGCCAUGUCUGUGUUUUCCUUCAUCGCUCUCAGUAUGGUGCACAAAUUUUACCGAGGGAGCGGCGGCAGUUUCAGCAAAGCGCAGGAGGAGUGGACCACCGGCGCCUGGAAAAACCCCCAGGUCCAGCAGGCAGCACAAAACGUGGCCGUGGGUGCCGCUCACAACACCAUGAUGCAGCAUGAAACGCAGUAUUCAGCCACCCCUAACUAUAACUACCCCAACGACAUAUGA